AUGGCCUCGUCCGAUGAAAAAUACAGAUCGAUCUUUGACAGCACGUCGCUGCUUGUGUUCUUCGCCACACCCCAUCGCUCGACCAAACACCAAGGCUGGGACGGCAUCGCCUUGGGUCUCUUGCACCAGUGCUAUUGCGGUCUUAUAUCACCAUGGAUUGCGACCUUUCCGCCAAACUUUGCCGAGGCCAUGACCAACCUCGAGGUCGAGUUUCGAGCGCCGGCUCGAGCGUUCAUUCUCAAUGUCUGUCAAGAUCCCGGUCCAGCAAGCCCAGUCAAGGACUCCGUCGUCAUCCACAAGCUAAGCGCUGCUCUGGGACUUGAUGGAGAGUGUCAUAUCGGACUCGACUGUUCUCACUACAAUCUGGGGCGGUUUCUGCAAGCACGAGGGAAGAGAUAUCUCCAGAAUCAAAUGUCCUAUGCCGCUUUCCGCCAUGGCAAAGUCCUUCAGCAGGUCUUGGGUUUCUUUUCCCUCGGCAAAAUCAGGACCUUUGACGUGGAAGACCCGACGCUCAAGUACUGGAAAGUUGCGUCACAAUUCGCAUUGCUUCCUGAAGUGCAAUCCUGGCGAGAAGACUCGACCGACUCCCGAGUCUUAUGGGUUGCCACGCCUCCUAUGCUCGACCCAACAAGUCUCUUCAGCACGCUGAGGUCUCAGAUCCAACAGGAAGACCAAUUCCGUCCGCCCGUCUUCAUCCGCGUCGACGCCACCUUGUACCGCCACGACGAACUGUCAGAGGCGCAAAUUCUCUCCAACAUGUGCGCGCAAAUGUUACGGCAGCAGCCACAGCUCGCCUCUGCUCUGCAGGACCUUUUGCUCAACGUCCAAGACGCAGCGGUGGGCGAUCACAAACUCUGGCAGCAGAGGGCAUUAUGGAGCUGCCUCCGAGUCUUGCUGUACUGCCCAAAGGAUGCGGACACGUUCUGCUUCAUCGAUGCCACUUCCUCGUCGCAUACGAAAGCGCUCGCAGCUGAGUUGGGGCCUCUUUUGGAAGCAUCAGAAAUGGGCCUGAGACUAAUGGUCGCCUGCCGAUCUGCCCGGGGACAGACGCCGAACGUCUUGACAAAGUAUAACGUGGAUCUGGCCGACGAAGAUUUCCACGAACCACUGCGCCAGGAUUUGGAAGAAUGGAUCAGAGAAUCCCUCGAGUCCGGCAACACACCCCUGACUCUCGCAGCAUCACGCGGAUUCUACGACAUUGUCGGGUGUCUUUUGAAGCACAGCAAAGGACAGCCUUGGACCAAAGGCUAUUGGGUUGAUGUUAACGCACAGAACCAGCAGAAAUACAACGCCCUGCUCGCCGCCGCUCGCUACGGAUUUUCCCAGACUUUGGAAACUCUCCUGGCCUGCGAGGGGAUAGACUACAGCAAAACGGACGGUGCCAGUGCCGGCAUUUUGCACCUCGCUCUGGCCAACAAUCGAGCGACCACUGCAUCAAGAAUUUUAGACCGCAAGGACAUGUUCUCGAAUGAGACAGAGAGCCGAGAAGCGAGCCGGGCGGCAAGCCCUGUAAACGAAGACGAUGACGACAGUUUCAGUGAGUCCUCAAAUGACACUACCCAAGUCGUCCUCAACGCUGCGCCGCGUCCAAAGAUUUCUCUACGUCAGAAGGACCGUUCUGGUCACACGCCUCUAGUCAUUGCCAUUCGGCGCAAUCUCAAGUUCAUCGUCAGAAGCCUGGUAGAAAUGGGUGCGGAGAUCAAUUAUUUUCCAGAGGAGCCUAACGCGCCUCUGCUCGCAGCCGCUGAGGUCGGCUCACUUGAACUUGUGACUAUGCUUACCGGAAUGGGGGCGAAGCUGGACAUGGACACCACCGGUUUCACGACCCCACUACACGUAGCAUGCACAAUGGGAUACCUUGAUGUCGCGCGGGAACUGCUGAAGGGGUCGGCCGACCAGCUCAGCCAGAGAGAUGGUACUCAACGAACACCGUUCGGUGCGGCAAUUACAAGGGGCCAGAGCCACAUCAUAGACUUCCUCAUCGAUCUACAGACAAGAGAAGGCCUUUGGGAAGGGCUGUGGGCGGCAGCAAUAUCGGGCAAAGCCCACAUCGUGGACAGGCUGCUCAGAGACGGUGCUAAGAUCGACGCCCAGGACUCGUACGGCAACACAGCACUUCAAGGGGCGGCAUACUACGACUAUCCGCGCUGCGUCGAGCGUCUGAUUCUCAGAGGAGCAAGACUGGGCCUUGUGGAUUGUGACGAUAUCAACGCUCUCGGCGAUGCCGCGAGAGCAGGCUCAGCAGAGUCCCUAGAGCUGCUUGUGAAUGCCGGCGUCAACGUUGAUGCCGAAACGGGUGGCGAGACUGCCUUGUGCCGGGCAAUUUGGGCUGAAGAGGCAGAAUGUGUUGAUGUUUUAUUGCAGGGAGGCGCGAAGCUCGUCCUGUCAAGCACGCUGGCGGAGCACGAGACUGUUCUCAACUUCGCGGUCGAACACUCUACACCUGAGAUCGUUCGGCUGUUGCUCGAAGAAUCUGAGGGAGAAGGUCUGGCCAAAGCCCUUAAAAUCGCUUUACAAACGGAUUCAACAUCCCAGCUGGAGGUCCUCAUGGAGUUCUAUGACCCUGCCAAGGUGGAUCUCGGUAGUGGACGAACCAUUCUUCAUCUUGCCGCCGAGGGGUCCCUCGCAGGGCUCGCCAAGGUUCUUGAGCACGCCACGGGUCGAGCAGCACUCAACUCCGGGCCUAAAAAGGUCGGCACACCUCUCGAAAUCGCGGCUUGCAGCUUAAAGUCUAGUCUCGACAAGGUAAAGUACUUGCAUAACGAGGCGGCCCUGGUGGGAGUGGUCCAGCCUGCGGGGCGGUUCGGCACACCACUGAAUGCGGCUUCGUACAGCCGAAACGUCCCGGUCGUCGAGUACCUCAUCCAGCAGAUGCAGCAAGAAGACAUCAAUGCCUCUGGAACACACUACGGGAACGCCAUCCAGAACACGCUGGCGGACGCUUGGAAAGACGUGGAUCUCAGCAUUAGGCUGUUAGACAUUCUCCUAGAAGCCGGAGUGCCUACAACACCAGCGAGCACCGACAGGCAUGGGACGGCUCUACACACCGCUGCUCUCUACGGCCCCAAGACCCUCGUCGAGAAGAUCUUGAAAAUAAACAGGGCAUUGGCCGACGAAGGAGACGGGCUAGGGCAGCUCCCUAUCCACUUGUCAGCCUUCCAAGGCGACUGGGAGAGCAUGAUGCUGCUCACGACGUCGACAUCGACCAUUCGAUCCGUCGACAAGAUGGGGCGGAACGCCGUUCACCUUGCCGCCGCGGCCGGUGCCUGCCUCGUCCUGGAGGAGGUCUUCGCGACCAAUGAGAACAUGGACCUGCUCCUCGCGCCUGAUCUUGACGGCUGGACGCCACUCCACUGGGCGUGUCGGAGUGUGGACGAUGAUGGCGUGCGCUUUCUCAUAGAAAAGGCACAGGAAGCAUUCGGUCCUGCAUGGGAUAUUAUGACGGAUGACCUCUUGACGAAAGACGAGAAGAGGUGGACACCGCUAGAUGUGGCUCGCUUUCACCAGAGGACAGAGCUGGAGCUCCUCCUUUCUCUUGGCAUGACGACAAGCGAUGCCGAAAGCUGGGAGCCAGAUCGGUCGCGACAUUUAGGCUCCGAUUGUGACUCUUGCAGCUGCUCAAUCUGGCACGAAGGGUACCACUGCAUGCACGAUGACUGUUUCGACUUUGACCUCUGCUUCAAAUGCAUCAACUACAAAGACGAGAUCCAUCCCGUCGACCAUGAGUUUGUUAGAACGGGCAAGAGAUUCAAGUACAGCGAUGAGCCGCUAUGGAGGUUUGAGUCAAUCGACGAUUGA